UCAAGACCUUUGCUACCUUCAGCUUCGAUUCGAACGGAGACCCUAUCAACGCUCUAUCAACAACCUACCAAGACACAUCAAGAUGACCUGCUGCCAACGCAACAACGGCACUUGUGUGUGCGCCCAGGAGGCUACAUGCUCCUGCGGCAAGCAGCCCGCUCUCCAGUGCACCUGCGAGAAGGCGGCUACCGAGAACAAGGUCCCCACGAACACUUGCAUCUGCGGCAAGCGCGCUGAAGACGCUUGCACCUGCGGCCGGAGCAGCUCGACUGAUGCGGGUUCGUCGCUUGAGACCGACUUUACGACUAAGAAAUAGGCGGUUCGGCCUUGGAAUGGGAAGUCGGGGCGGGGCGGGGCGACGGGUCAUUGGGGGUGUUCAGGCGUUCGAUGACGGUUCGACGGGACCUUUCCUAUGAUUGAAUGAUAAGCCUAGAAUGGGUACCGGGUCUGGCGGGUCUGGUAGCGACCUUAAGGGUUAGCAAUUUCAGC